CUCCAGCAGUCUACACAGCUCUUGCAUUAGAUCGUUCACCAUAAACCACGUCCUGCGAUGCUUGGCAAUCAGUUAUAUAUGGGCGCAGCAUCAUCUAUCUAACACCACCUGUCACCAAACAGUACAUCAGGACAUGAACUCCUCAGAGUGGCCCACACUUUCUCCAAACUCGUCUUUCAGUCAUACAAACCACAGCAAUGAGUCAAGCAGGUCCAAGUCGAGUGCUCCAGCCGCCUGUGAGCAGGUACACAUUGCACCUGAGGUCUUCCUUACUCUGGGUCUCAUCAGCCUACUUGAAAACAUCCUGGUCAUCCUUGCCAUUGUGAAGAACAAGAACCUCCACUCGCCCAUGUACUUCUUCGUUUGCAGUCUAGCAGUGGCCGACAUGUUAGUGAGCGUGUCCAACGCAUGGGAAACAAUAGUCAUCCACCUGCUGGCAAACAGGAGCUUGGUGAUUGAGGAUCACUUCAUCCGUCAGAUGGAUAACAUCUUCGAUUCUCUCAUCUGUAUCUCCGUGGUGGCAUCUAUGUGGAGCCUGUUAGCGAUCGCAGUGGAUCGCUAUGUGACUAUCUUCUAUGCUCUGUGUUAUCAUAAUAUAAUGACCGUAUGGCGAGCUGGGAUUCUCAUCGGCAGCAUCUGGAUCUUCUCCACAGGUUGUGGGAUCAUCUUCAUCAUCUACUCUGACACGAAGCCUGUGGUGGUGUGCCUGGUGGCCAUGUUCUUUGCCAUGCUGCUGCUGAUGGCGUCGCUCUACAGCCACAUGUUCCUGCUGGCUCGUUCGCAUGUCAAACGCAUGGCGGCAUUGCCGGGCUAUAACGCCAACAUCAGGCAGAGAGCUAGCAUGAAGGGUGCCGUCACCCUCACCAUACUACUGGGCAUCUUCAUCGUGUGCUGGGCGCCAUUUUUUCUCCAUCUCAUCCUCAUGAUCUCCUGCCCACGGAACAUUUACUGUGUCUGCUUUAUGUCACACUUUAACAUGUACCUGAUACUCAUCAUGUGUAACUCUGUGAUUGACCCACUGAUCUAUGCGCUCAGGAGCCAAGAGAUGAGAAAGACCUUUAAAGAGAUCUUCUGCUGUGACGGACUACGCAGCCUCUGGAACCUGAUCAGCAAAUAUUGAACAGGAUUCUUGGAAGAACCUGGACUGAUGGAUAGAUGUAUGUGUGUAUAGAUGGAUGGAUGGAUCGGUGCAUAAUUGCAGUGGAGGAGGGGUUGGAGUUAAAGAGCCUGAACCUCUUAAUUAGGAACAGUAUAUAUUAUUUGUACACGCUUUUCCAUGUACCUCAUCAUGUGAAAUGUUUUGAUGUUGCAGUGGAUGUUUCA